AUGAGCUCUAAGGCUGUCUUCACUUUCCUCCUGCUAAUCGUCUUGCUCUUCACCACUCAUGAGGAGAUGCGCGGUGGCAACACGAUAGUAAAAGUGGCGGGUCGAACGUGCGAUUCGCAGAGCCACGGUUUCAAGGGGCAGUGUUGGAGCGACACUAACUGCGGCCUCGUGUGCCGCAACGAAGGCUUUCCGAGCGGCCACUGUCGGGGCUUUCGCAAGCGUUGCUUUUGCCGCAGGCCUUGUUAA